UUUGGGCUCUCUUCGGUCACAUCCUGGCGGACUGUUGACGGGGACUUUGACUAUGUCCAAUUCUGGCGGACCAUUGUAGAUUUCUUCGAACAGCCUCCCGGUCGAGAAGCUCGGCACAGGGUAGACAAGCUCCUAGAGUGGUGGACUAGGUGCACUAUUGGC